GUCGACCGACUAUCGUCAUCGAACCGCGCGAGCAGAACGAUCAAAAAACGCAGCAGCAGCAGCACCGCUGGCCAGGGAGGAAAAAUCGUAGUAGCCAUCUUGUGUAAAAGAGGAGUACGUUUUUUUUUCUCGUUCGUCGUUCGUUCGAUCGUGGCCCCUUUCGAAGGUGACGAGGACCUUCCGCGAUUGUACAGGUGUCGGGUGCGCGCGUGGUUUUUGAGGAAGCACCGGGUUUCAGAGCUGACACCAGCAGUAGCAGAAAGAAAGAGGAGCAGCUUCGGGAGCCAGCAGCACCGGAGCAGUGUCCACAAAGCAGCGGAUUUUCACCAACCGACCCCCGACUUUUGCUAGCCUCCCAAGGUCUAGCGCGGAAGCGGACUCUUUUGUCGGAGGCCACCCCCGAAGCGGAGCGCAGAGCAAACCAGGCCGUUCAGAAUGGCGUUAAAAAGAAUUAACAAGGAACUACAAGACCUGGGGAGAGAUCCACCCGCACAGUGCAGUGCCGGCCCAGUUGGAGAUGACCUCUUUCACUGGCAGGCAACAAUUAUGGGACCGCCCGACAGUCCGUACCAAGGAGGUGUAUUCUUCUUAACCAUACAUUUCCCUACAGAUUACCCAUUCAAACCACCCAAAGUGGCUUUUACAACGCGCAUAUAUCACCCUAACAUAAAUAGUAAUGGUUCGAUUUGCCUCGACAUCUUACGAUCUCAAUGGUCACCCGCAUUAACUAUAUCGAAAGUGUUGUUAUCAAUUUGCUCUCUGCUAUGUGAUCCCAAUCCAGACGAUCCGCUCGUACCAGAGAUCGCUAGAAUAUACAAAACCGAUCGAGAAAAAUACAAUGAGCUUGCGCGGGAGUGGACAAGAAAGUAUGCUAUGUGAUGCGUUCCAGACAGUAACCUAGAAAUCAACAACAACAGCAACAGCAAGAGAACCAACAACAACAACAAAAACAGUAACCCAAAAUUCAACAGCAACCAACAACAACAACAACAAAAGCAACAGCUGCUCCCACUCGUGUCCGACUUGCUUCUCGUCGUCCUUUCCCUUGUUCUGCUCCAGCUGCUGCCGCCGCCGCAACAACUCCCUUUGCCGUUGUUGUCGCCGCCGGAUGUUGCCACCGGCGAUGCUGCUGCAGGCGGCGCUGACAACAGUGUGGCUCCCCUAGCUUCUUCUACUUCUUUUACCGACAUUGUCCGCCAGCAGCUUCUUCUCGAUCGCCGCCGCCGCCGUCAGCAACAUAUGGAUUAGAGAGAGAGAGAGCGCAGCUGGAGCGCCGGAACGGCCAGGGGGAGAGCGAGAAAGAGAGAGAGAGAGCGGAAGCAGCAGCAGCAGAAACCAUCAACAAUAUAUGCAAACAAAAUAAUACGUUUAGUUUUAUUUAUUCAAAAUGCGCAUACCACAACUACACACAAGAGACACAAGAGAACAAUGUCACACGCAGAGCAAACAACAUCAGCAAGCAGCAGCAGCAACUACAACAGCAAGUAGCACUCGUCGGUGAUCAGCUGGAGAGCGGCGACAACAGCAGCAGCAGGUUAAUGUGUGAGAGAGAAAGCAGAGCAGAGCAGAGGAGAGGGAUAUAGAAAACGCGCGCACGCAGAAGAGAUCGGAAACCACCACUACACACACUGAUUGAACGGAAAGCUGAAAAACAAAAACAAAAAACAGUAAAUAAAUCUUAUUGAUUACUCGUAAAAACAAUAA